AUGCCUGCCGAUCUCGGAACUCUCAACAAUACUCUCGCUGACCAGGCUUUCGCCAACGGGUAAUAUAUUUAAACCGAAUUUCAUCAGAAAAUUUUAUAUUUCCAUUAAAACUAAAUUUUCAUUUUUUUUUUUCCAAGACUUCUGAGGAGUAUUAUGUGUAUUCAUUAAUGAGAAAGAAUUUUAUAAAAAUUAUUUUAGAAUGAGCGACUGAAAAAAAUUUGCUGUAUAUUUAUACCACGUUAGAGAAAAAAACUGCCCCCUACCUUUUAAUGCAAUUUUAACUUUUAAGUACUUUCAAAGAAAAUAUUUCAACUUUUGAUUCAGGUUCACACUUUCUGGCGAAGACGCCCAACUUUUCGAGUCCCUCGGAUCGGCACCAAACGCUUCGACUUACCCACAUGUCGCUCGUUGGUACGCCAAUGUUGCCAGCUACUCUGAAGCUGAGCGCAAGUCGUGGCCUUCUGCUGGAGGCUCGGCUGCUGCCCCAGCUGCCGCUGCUGCUGACGGAGUUAGCUUUCAAAUUAUUUUAUGAAUUAAAUAAAAUUUCAUCAGGAUGACUUCGAUCUCUUCGGAUCGGAAGACGAAGACGAUGAGGAAAAGAAGAAGAUUGUCGAGGAGCGACUGAAAGCCUACGCCGAGAAGAAAUCGAAGAAGCCAGGUCCGAUCGCCAAGUCGUCCGUCAUUCUCGACGUCAAGCCAUGGGAUGAUGAGACGAGCCUCGAGGAGAUGGAGAAGAACGUCCGAAGCAUUGAAAUGGAUGGACUCGUUUGGGGAGGUGGCAAACUCAUUCCGAUCGGCUACGGUACAUAAUUUUCCCCUUGACUUCAUAACUUCAAGUUUGGGGAUUUUAGGAAUCAAGAAACUUCAAAUCAUUUGCGUCAUUGAAGACCUGAAAGUUUCUGUUGAUGACCUCAUCGAAAAAAUCACCACCGACUUCGAGUCGCACGUCCAAUCUGUCGACAUCGUGGCUUUCAACAAAAUCUAG